AUGUCAAGUACAACUACCAACACAGCGACAUACAAAUUCAACCAUACAAUGUUCAGGAUUAAAGAUCCCAAAGUAUCUUUACCUUUUUAUGAGAAUGUAUUAGGUAUGGAAAUGUUCAAGGAAUCUCCCGGAGGUGAUUUCACCAAUUACUUCUUGGCUUUCCCAGCUGGAUUUGAGGAUAAAGCGAAUGCAUCAAAAGAGGAAAAGGCUAAAAUGCAAUUGAACAGAGAAGGUGUAUUGGAAUUAUGUCAUAAUUGGGGUACAGAAUCUGACGCUAGCUUCAAAGGCUAUGCAUCAGGAAACGAUGAACCGGGACGUGGAUUUGGUCAUAUCGCAAUCACAGUCGACGAUCUUGAAGCGGCCUGUAAGAGGUUCGAUGAUUUGGGAGUCAAAUUCAAGAAGAGACCAGAGGAAGGGAAAAUGAGACACACCGCUUUUAUCUACGAUCCCGAUGGAUACUGGGUCGAGAUUAUUGGUCAAACGAAGUUAUAA